UGGUUAGAAAGGCUGAUUUUGAAAGUAAACAAGGGCUGUGAGGCUGCCUCUCCCAAGAAUGACAAGCUGUUCUAUUCUAGGAAACAGCUGAAAGAUCCAGAGGCCCCUGAAGAAUAAACUGCGCGGUGGAUGCCUACUCAAGGGAAAGAUGAGGCAGCGUCCACCAGAGAGGAAGAAUGGAUUCCCUUUGUGAAGUGACUUCGGCACCUGUUGACAUUCUGACGGGACAUUUCAGCUGAAGAACUGCUAGGUCCAGAUUUCUGCACUGCCAGUCAAAGGGAAGCUUCGUAUUUCAGUAAUCAUCCUGUCAUUUAUCAGUUGGAAGAGCCUGGGGACUCCCUGUGGAGAAAUAUGUAUGAGCAAGUUGUAUUUCAGAACAGAUGCGUUGCUGAAAAAAAAAUCUGUGAAGUUUGAACAAGCAGCCUUUUCAAGAUGUACCGAGUCUCUCAACUGAUGGCGACACCAGUAGCAAAUUCCUCCAAGUCGGACAGAGGACUUUCUGGAGAGCUGUCCCCUACGUGCAUUUUUCCAAGCUUUGGCUCUGAUUUCCUUGAUGGAGACAGUUCUUUUGACUGCUGUUCCAUAGACCCCGUGACAGGCUCCCACUAUGUCUGCCGCAGAAGCCCCCGACUCCUCACCAAUGGCUACUACAUUUGGACUGAGGACAGUUUCUUCUGUGACCCAGAUGGCAACAUCACUUUGAACCCCUCUCAUACCAGUGUUAUGUACAAGGAAAACUUAGUUAGAAUAUUUAGAAAGAAAAAAAGAACCCACCGUCAUCUUUCUUCUCUGUUGGACCCCAGAGCCUCUAAAUCUUGGCUGCAUGGAAGUAUCUUUGAAGAUAUUGAGUUGCCCCCAAGUGAGGAUAUCUGGCUGGAGGGCAUCAGGAGCCUAAGAAGUGAUCUGGACUGUUCUCUGAGUGAUGGCUGGGAGUCUCAGAAGCCAGUCACAGACACUUCAGAAGCCUCCUCUUCUGGUCACAUCCUGUCUCAGUCUCUCAGGGAAAGCUCCCAGAAUUCCUGUCUUCAGCCUCAGAUGAAAGUAGAAGAGCAUUUCCAAAAGAACAUCUUGGUGCAUUCAAGAUCUGGUUUGAUGCACAAGGUUUCUUUUCAGGCAAUCCUGCUAGCAGUGUGCUUAAUCAUUUCUGCAUGUGCAAGAUGGUGUAUGGGAGGAGAAUUAGCAAGCAUCUUUACAUGUGCGUCGAUGAUCACAAUUGCUUAUGUUGUAAAAUCACUGUUUCUGAACCUUGCCAGCUAUUUCAAAGCUACCGCCUAUGCUAGGUUUGACAGCCUAAGCCUUUGAAGAAUACAUGUGAUGAACGUCUUCAAUCAGAAUAUCUGGAAACAGUAAUUUGUAGUCUUCUUAAAAUCGACCACUUUUUUUGGAAGUCAGUGAGCAAAUGGAUAACAGAAAAAAAGUUUAAUUUGACAAUGUAAUUUCUUUCUAAAAAAAAAUCUCAAUUUCCAUAUGUAAUGGUAAUUGGUUCAUGACAAUAAUAUUAAUUUUCCUUUGUUUCACAAACAUUGUCAGUUGAAAGGGAAGGGACAGGGGAAAAGACACAAGGCAGAACACCUGGAAUAAUGCUCCCCUGAAAUUUCAGGUGUAGCCUGAAGUGGACCGCAAACAUUAAUUUUAAUUAGAGAAUUCUGUGAGAGGCUUGAACUAUAAAUAUCUCUUGUCUGCUAGCAUGCAGCUAUGCCUUGCUGACCUACUUUAACUAAACAAUGCAAACAAACUUAUAUAUUUAACACAAACUGCAAAUGAAAUAGAUACACUUUGUACAUACAAUACAAUAAAUAUAUGCUUUUGAAAAUGUGCAUUGAUGUUAGAUGGUGAAAAUAGGUUCUAUGAUUUGUCUACAAAGGGCUGUGUGCUGAAACCUUGAUUGUCAGUGUGGCCAUGUUAAGAGAUGGUAGGACCCUUAAGAACCAGUGGAAUACCUUUAGAUCACUGGGGGACUUCCCUCAGAAUGUAUAAAUCACCAGUUCCUCAGUCUGUCUCUGGCUGUUCAGCUGCAUGAUCUUCCCCUCCUACAUCCACCAUGUGAUGUGAUGCCAUCGACCUUGAAAACAUCAUUGGAAGGAAGCAGAUGCUGGUAUCAUGCACUUGAACUUCCAGAGCAGUGAGCCCUUUUUCAUUGCUUAAUAUCCUGCCCGGAGUAUUUUAUUACAGUCAUGGUAAACAGGCUAAGAAAGUAAGGAGCUGAUUAUUGAAGGAAAAUAAGCAGGGGGGAGCCUUUCCUUGGAAUAUGAAUUAUUCUCUUGAACUAUUUACUAUGUUUUUUUUUAAAUUUCUUGGGAAUAAUGAUCAUAUAUCAUUCAAGUUGUGAUGAAAAUAUGAUGUUUAAAAAAUUCUUUAAGUACCAAAUAAAGGAAAAAUAGUGUUCUAAAAUGUACAAAAGUGGUAAAAACUAUAUAACUGGCUGAAAAGUUAUAGAAGACUCUCAUUAUUCUUACCUCUCACCAGAAAAUUUCAGAUGUAGCCUGCUGAGAAUAUUCUAUGGUGAAAAGCAUCUGUUUAUAGAAACUAUAUACUUUACAAUAGUAAUACCAAAUUAAUCCUUUUUAUAUCUCUGAUGGUUAAUAGUCAUUGUCUACUUGACUGUAUUUAGCAUCAUCCAUGAAACACACCUUUCUUAUGUCUCUGUGGUUGUUUCUAAAGAGGUUUAACUGAAGAGAAAAUAUCUAACCUGAACUUGGGUACCACUAUCCCAUGGGCUGGUGUUCUAGACUUAAUAAAAAGGAAGGAGGGAGAAAGGGAACUAAGCAACAGCAUUCAUCUCUCUCUCUUUCUUGACUAUGGACACAAUGUGACUAAUCACUCAUGCUUCUGUUUUUUGCCUUCCUAUCAUGAUGGACUGUAUCCCCUUAAACUUUGAGUCAAAUAAACUGUUCUUUACUUAA